AUGACCAGCACAACAAGGGACAAUGUCUCUGAGCAGACUCCGCUGCUGCGGAACCCCAGCGAAAGUGGUCAGGAAGACAAGUCGAGUUGGACGAAACCGAAAUGGUUUCUACUUAUCCAGAUCGCUCUCUUCUCAAAUGUAUUCCUGGCGGGCUUCGACGGGACCGUCACGGCAUCGACAUAUUCCAUCAUCAGCUCCGAGUUCCAUCGGUCGGACCUGGCUUCCUGGAUAACGACAUCAUACCUGCUGGCGAGCACGGCCGUGCAGCCUCUCUAUGGCCGCUUUUCGGAUGUCUUUGGACGGCGAGCGUGUCUGCUCUUUGCCACUGCCAGCUUCGGCCUCGGGUGCCUGGGCUGUGCGCUCAGCGCGAAUAUGGGGUCUCUUAUUUUUAUGAGGGCCGUAACUGGGCUGGGCGGUGGUGGCCUGAUGACCAUGUCUACAAUCAUCAACUCCGACUUGAUCCCGACCCGGCACCGCGGAAUGUACCAGGCCAUCCAGAACAUCCUGCAUGGAUUCGGCGCCAUCUGUGGCGCGUCUGUGGGUGGUAUCAUGGCUGACGCCGUGGGCUGGCGGUUCUGUUUCCUCUCGCAGGUCGGCUUCGUGGCUGUCACCUGGGUCGUGGCAUUCGUCUUUGUCCAGGGCAACGGCAUAAGCUCGCCCACAGCUGGCAAGCUUGGCGCGGCCUGGAGACAGAUUGACGUUACCGGUGCGGCGCUGCUGUUUGUCGGCCUGGUGCUGCAGCUCGCGGGCAUCAGCCUCGGCAGCAACGAGCUCUCGUGGUCGCAUCCCAUCGUUAUCUCUGUCCUGGCUACAAGCUGCCUCAUGCUGGCUGCCUUUGUGGUUGCCGAGGCUCGCUGCAAGACGGUGCCGAUCCUUCCGCUGGGCCUGCUCGCCGGUCGCGAGAAAGUGGCUUUGCUCGUCAGCAACGUCUCGCUGGGCAUGACUGCGUACGGGUUCCUGUUCCUCAUGCCCCUUCUGUUCCAGACCGCACUGCUCGACUCGGCCUCCGUUGCAGGGCUGCGCAUGGUCCCCCCCUCGCUGGCCACGCCGCUCGGCGGGCUGUCCACAGGCAUCGUGAUGCGCCGUAGAGGCAGCCUCGUCACUGUCACCCGAGUCGGCCUGGUCAUGCUCCUGUGUAGCAAUGCGCUCAUGCUGAGCCUGCCGAUGGGCUCCGCCGAGUGGAAGUUCUCGGUGUUUCCGAUCCCGGGCAAUUUCGGGUCGGGCAUGAUAUACCCUUCCAUCCUGUUCAGCUUCAUUCGUGCUUCGGGCAUUCAAGAACACGCUGUGGCCACGUCGCUGGUCUACCUCACACGCUCGAUGGGCACAAUGUGGGGUGUGUCCGUCGUCUCGACCAUCGUGCAGAACCUCCUCCCGGCAAGACUGGAGACGGCCUUGCCAGACUUUGAGGGCAGAAAGGAGAUGAUUGAGCAGCUAUUGAAGUCAACGACGGCGCUGAGGGAGCUUCCGCUCGAGAUCCAGGGCAUUGUCAGGGGUGUGUAUUACGGCAUUUGCCAGGUCGGGAUCGUGUUUCUCCUCGCAAUGACGGCGGUGGGUCUGGUGUGUAGCUUUCUGGUCAGGGAAUAGCGUGCUGUGGCGCACUGAGUGAGAUGCGCAAAAGACCCCGUGGGAACCACAGUAAUACUAGGUAGUUUUGGUGACGCUCAUGUUGCGUGAGGAGGAUGCAACGAAAUGUUCAUAGUGCAUAGCAUCCGGGUUUUCAUCAAAGACGUUCAUGGGGCCAUUCGGAAAAAGAAUAGACAAAAUAAUCGAUUCCCUUCCAUUCUCCCCA